AUGGAGGAGGGCUUGGAGAACGCUCCCCGGCGGAAGAGAGUCUCCAGAGCUUGCGAUCGCUGUCGCAGUAAGAAGGACAAAUGUGACGGUAUUCGUCCCACCUGUUCCGCGUGCCAGGCAUCCGGCCUGGCCUGCUGCUACGACCCCCAUGCGAAGAAGAGAGGUCUCCCCGAGGGCUAUGUCCGCGGACUCGAGAAACUGUGGGCUCUUUCAAUAUGUAACAUCGAGGGCUUCGAGGAAACCAUGAUGGCGAUGCUGGGGUCAACUGCGGAAUCGGCUGAGCGCCGCGAGAAAGUCAUGGCAGUUUGGGCGGAUGAAAAUUCCUCAGAGAGCUUGCAUGAAACAUGGAAAUCAAGCCGCCUUUUGGGGGCUCUAGAGAAGAUGCUGUCAAACCCGGAGACUAGUUCGUUCGCAGCCGGAAAGCGAGCGAGGAACCCUCAAGAUAAGUACCUGGACUGCGCGACGGGAAACUGGGGGUUCCGAGUGGGAAAGCAGACCUCUCCACUGGGACCCGAUGCGCCAAGGAUCGUCACUGGCCUUGCAGAGCCCUCCGGGGUGAAACGGCCUCGAAUGGCCCAAACCGCAGAGAGCCGCGGCUCUAUGCAAACGAGCGAUGGAUUCCAUGCCCUCCAACUACCGCCGCAGAGUUCUCAACUGCUUGACCUCUACUUUGCCGCCACUCACUCAUGGUUUCCCAUUAUAGCCAAGCAUAAUAUCCUGCGUGCUUCAUAUCUUUAUGCCAAUUCGCCUUUCUCCUCUCGUUUGGAUUCCCGGGCAGAUAUGUCAGAUUCCAUCUCCCUCGCCAAAGACUAUUACACGGUUGCUAGGAAUCUGAUCCCUUCGGAAAAGGACCGAUACGAGCUAGGGCAUGUACAAGCGCUCCUUCUCCUGGCGUUGGUAAAUACCGGGCUCGAUGAUUGGACGGCUGCAUGGCUCUUAAGUGGCCAGGCAGUGCGAAUGGCCCUUGCAAUGGAGCUGGGCACGAAUUCUAACGCAGGCAGGUCCGAUGACUGGAGGCAAGGCAAAGCAGUGUUUCUGGGAUGCUUCGUAAUUGACUCACUGUUGUCAUUUCGGCUUGGUCACUGUCCCGCUUUAUCUGCGCAUGAUAUAGCAGCUACCGGGCUCCUGGAAGAGGAUGGACUUGAAGAAUGGAACUCAUGGGCUGAUGUUCUUCUGCCUGCUGGAGAUUCGCGCGGGCCAAACUUUCCGCGAAGGGGGCCGUUACGAGCACUCAGCUGUUUCAACCGCCUAGUUGAGCUGGCGACGGCGCUCAACAAAAUCGCGCGGAAUCUGUCCAUGGGGUACACAGCCAGUACGUUUGCUCAGCAAUUGGUGAUGGAUCUCAAACAGUGGGACGAUUUCCUUCCACUUGGAUGCCGAUUGAUUGGCCCUGAAAGUAUUUAUCCAGAGCGACAUUCGGCUUUAUUACCGCACCAGAGCUACCUCGGACUGCUUUAUGUGGCCACUCUCCUCUGGCUUUAUCUGCAUCUUGUCCCUGAUGAACAGAACAUUGACCGGUUACAGAGACCGGCUACUGAGGGAGCCCAACAACUCUUGUGUCGAGCAUCGCUCAUGCUUUCUUUGCAUGUGGAAAACUUCCCCAUGUGUAGACUACCUCCAAUACUUGAAUUUGGGUUACGUACCAUCCCUGAGCAAGCAUUGUCGCUGAGACAGUCCAUUGAUCCACCCAAUGCGUUUCCUUUCUCCCGAUGGGCGGAUGAUUUCCGGCAAAAGAUUAUAGCACUGGCGCCAACAUGGCCCGUCUAUGAUGGCUUGAUCGCUUCCAUGGAACAAUGGCAGGCAAAUGACGAUUGCACAAGGCCGUCCCAUGUGCUGUUUUCUAAGAAGCCUGGCUCUUCGAGGCCCACGGGCCAUGAGUUUCUGCCACCUUCAACCAACGCCCAUGGCAUGAGUCCGACCAAUGGAGAUGUCGAUGACCCCGAAGGAUCCCGCCAGGACGAAUACCGAUUUAUCCGCGGAAGCACCUUCAGGGCUCCUAGAGAAACGUCCGUUCCGCAGUGGGUCUGA